ACCUGCCUGACCCCUGCGCCGCGCAGCCUCGCUGGGGCCUGGAGGUGCUGCUUCCAGAGGGUUCCUGCGCUGGAGCCGACCCUAGUUGCGUUUUUACGUUGCGUUACGACCCUAGUUUUUACAUUUUUAUAUGGCCGAAGAUAAAUUGAAAGAAGAGUAUUUUGUGGCACGUGAAAAUUACAUAAAAUUCCAAUUUCAGUGUCCAUAAAGUUUUAUUAGAACACAGCCACGCUCAUUUGCAUAUGUAUUGUCUGUGGCCGGUUUCAUUUCACAACAGUUGAGCGGCUGUCCCCAAAGCUGAAAACAUUUACUGUCUGGCGCUUCACGGAAGAAGUUUGCCGACCCCUGACCCAGCAGCUUGACUCGCCCGUGGGAGGCAGAGACUGGAGCGUGCGAGAAAGGCAGCGUGCGUGAGCACAGCCAGUGUUAGAAACCAGUUGUAUGUUGGGGGUAAGAAAAAUGGAAAAGAAAAGAUUUUACCUGAGAGUCUACGUAAAGUGAAGCUUCAAAGUUUCUGAUAGGGGUUAGUGAAAGGUCGAGUGAUCCCAAGAGAAAGGGCAUGGAUUUCAUAUUCAGAAACUCCAGCCUUGGGAGAUUUCUGUUUACCAAAAGGGAGCAAAGUUUAAGCGACAAGAGGAAAAGACUUCCCUGCGGCAUGGAAGAAGAUAUUCAAAAUAUCUAUUGAAUAAAAUAAGUGAGUGAGAAGUCUGAAAACAUGUCACUCUUUAAAAAAUACGACUUCUCUUUAGACGCAUUGAAAAGCACAAUAUUUUGUUAACAAGUUGUCAUCCGUUUGUAUUAGGGAGUUGCAGUCUUCCUUAUAACCUGCUGAUUCUGCAUGUGCCACCUCUGGCCAUCUUGCAGUUUAGAAUCUAAAAUGCACCAUGUUUAGUAGUGAAAUAAAUUUAGUAAGCACGCAAGUUAUGAAAAAAGGACACAACAUAUUUUACUUAGGGUAAAAAAAGUAUUACAAAAUUUGAAAUUACUCCUUUUGAGUUUGCUCUUGGCGAUCUUAGUCUGUUGUCUCGCUGUGCAUAAUACUCUCUGCUGUUGAGGAAAGCUUUUCAAUUAUUGGGAGAAUAAAGUACAUAAAUAUCCCACGUGAUUGGAGGCGGUGUCUGUUCCUAGUAAUCAGAAGCCCUGGAUUGAUGAGGCUGGAAAGUCCACAUGGUUGUCCCUCCAGAGACCUGCAGUGAUUUACGGAUAUUUUAGGAAGACGUGACUUUCAAAGCUAAUUAUGAAAACAUUUGUCAUUGGAAUCAGUGGUGUGACAAAUGGUGGGAAGACAACACUGGCUAAGAAUUUGCAGAAACAUCUCCCAAACUGCACUGUCAUAUCUCAGGAUGAUUUCUUCAAGCCAGAAUCUGAGAUAGAGACAGAUGAAAAUGGAUUUCUGCAGUAUGAUGUGCUUGAAGCGCUUAACAUGGAAAAAAUGAUGUCUGCCAUUUCCUGCUGGAUGGAAAGCUCGAAACACUCUCUGGCAUCAGCAGACUGUAGAAGCUCUGAGGAAAUUCCCGUAUUAAUCAUCGAAGGUUUCCUUCUCUUUAAUUACAAGCCCCUUGACAGUAUAUGGAACAGAAGCUAUUUUCUGACCAUUCCAUAUGAAGAAUGUAAGAGGAGGAGGAGUACAAGGGUCUACGAGCCUCCAGACCCCCCAGGGUACUUUGAUGGCCAUGUGUGGCCCAUGUAUCUAAAGCACAGACAAGAGAUACAGGACAUCACGUGGCAAAUUGUUUACCUAGAUGGAACAAAAUCUGAAGAGGACGUCUUUUCACAAGUGUAUGAAGAUGUAAUACAAGAACUAGCAAAGCGAAAGGGUCUGCAAGAAACAGCAUAAAGAUGGAAUGCACCAAAUCCUUCCUGGGGUGAAUUAGGAAACUCGAAGGAAUAAAAUCAAGAACCUUCCCCAGGAUACAAUAUGUACAUGGGUACAAUGACGGCUGUUGUUUUGUUUGUUUAUUCUGUCACACAUGAUUCUACCAACUUGUGGAACAGGACAUAUUCAUCCAUGACGGCGGACAGGAACUUACCUUAAUGAGUUGUUCUCACUCCAUGGAGUGCAAGAUAUAGCAUAGCUCACAGUGAGUCAGUUUCUCUAGCCCAAUGACUGUCAGAGUUUUCUAAAUGGGACCCAGAGUAAGAAGUGAUUUAUAUCACAAUCCAGUAUAUAUAUAAUCUAUUGUGUGUAUAUUUGUAUGGGUGUGUCUAUAUGUAUAUAUAUGUAUAUAUGUGUGUGUGUAUGUGUAUAUAUACACACACGUAUCAAGUAUCACAAAACACUUACCUUAUAUAUGAUACACCCUGAUAUUUUUCUAUUUUUAGCUUUUCUUUAAAAUAUUGGUUACCAUCCCAUACCAAUGCCUACCUCCUGCAGAUAAUGGCAUUAUCAGAAGUAGCAGUCACAUUGAAUAAAUCAACAAUUUACUGCA